UGAUGAAGUUGUACCCUGGUUUGAGCUAGCUAGCUAAACUAGGCAAAAUGUUUUGUUCAGAUAAAAAGUAUUUAGAGAGAUAAUACCAUUGUUAACAUUUAAAUCGUCAACACUGAAAUCGAGAAGUUUUUGCCUCAUUGUUUGCCUGAUAACGUAUUAGUUGCAUCAUCACCAUGUCUCACAGUACAUACAACAGACUGUGGACCGAUGCUCAGAUGAAGUUGAAGUCCCUCUUGGCUCAGGAAAUCCCCGCUCAGCGUCCUCGCCCUGAGAAGGACAGAGUGGUGUUUUUUCAACGCCUCGCCGUACUUUAUGUACGCUAUUUGCAGAUCUUCAGGCAGCUGGAGGAGGCAUACGACCAGGUGGUUCACCCCCAGAAGAGACGCCUCAUCCGGGAGGUCCUGGACGGCAUAAUGGGCCGAGUGGUGGAGCUCAAAAAUGAGAUGGUGGAGAAAGAGUUCUCUGAGUACCAUUACAUGGACGAUGUCCUCCAGGACUUGAAGCUAACCCCUGAAGACAUUGAAAUCCCCAUCCCUCGAUAUUUCCUCAGUGAACGCAGCGUGGUGCUGAGGGACAGAAGGAAGAUGCUCUCCAACAUCCUUAACCACAUGGAGGUCGUAGAGAAACCCAGACCUGUAGGGGUGCGGGCUCUGACCCUGGAGGAGGCCGUCAGGAACAUCCAGGUUGCGGAGAGGGCCCGGCAGGGGCGCCUGAGGGCCCAGUUCAUGAGGGACAUCCAGAGGCAGAGGGGGGCUGGCGACCAGGACGUGGGGGCUGCCGCUGUCAACACCGCCGCCAUUCACAUCCAGAAGGUGUGGAAGGGUUACAUGCAGAGGAAAAAAACUAAGAGGGAACGAGAGGAGGAGAUGAUAUUUUUGGGAAUGGCCAUGGAGCCUGGACACACCCAGCCCGGUCCAGCCAGGGUCUCUGCCCAGACACAUGAGGCGCGCCGGAGGGCCAAGCAGGAGGAGUACGAGACAGACUACCAGAAGUCCCUGGUGGCCAUCACAGAGAAACUCAGAGAGUUAGAGGGGCCUAACAUGAGAGAGACCAUGAAGGACCAAAUCCGACAGUGGUUCAUUGAAUGCCGUGAUGCAACAGGAGCCUUCCCUGACUAUCCAGAUGAGGAGGAAGGAGGCUCUGCUGUCAUCUUCACGGAGAAAACCCCUCAACAGUUAAUGGAGGAGCUUGCUGCAAAAAAUGAGGACGCCAACAAAAAUCCAAAAGGCAAGGAGGAAAAGAAGGACAAAGGGAAAAAAGACAAGGGGACAGGAGGAGAAGAGGAGGAGGAAGCUGGGUUAAAGAUGCUGCCUUCUUCCUUCCUAGGAGACUUGGAAGUUGGACAAAAGACAUUUACAGAGGUUUGGCAGAAUCGCUUAGAGUCCACCAACUUCAACCAGAGACACGAGACCGAGCUGAUCAAGGAGGAGAAGAGGAAGGAGAUUGAGGUGGAGAUCAGGCUGCAGGUGGAUGAACUGAUGAGGCAGGAGCUGGCUACCUGGAAACUGGCCGUGGAUAAAGAUAAGGGUGCCAAGGCCAAAGGCGGUGCCAAGAAAAAGAAGGGUACAAAAAGUGGAAAGAAGAAAAAGAAAGACAAAGAUCUGACGGCUGACAGGAGUAUUGAGUCUCUGUAUCAGGAGCUGGUGGAACAGGGCUUGUUGAAACCGGCAGAACACGUCAAACUGCAGGAUUAUGUAGGUGAUUACAGUUACCUGGGGACGACGUUAAGACAGACAGACAUUGAGCCCAUGCCUUCGCUGUCUGAUGUGAGACAGGUUGUGGCUCUGUACGCUGUCCUACCUUUAGGUUCUCAGGUGGUCCACGAGAAGGCUCCCUUGGUAAAGGCCAUCCUGCUUGCAGGGCCUGCUGGUGUGGGCAAGAAGAUGUUGGUCCAUGCCAUCUGCCAGGAGACCGGUGCCAACCUGUUUGAUCUGUCACCUAUGAACCUGGCUGGAAAAUACCCUGGCAAGAGCGGCCUGUCCAUGAUGCUCCACCUGGUGUUCAAGGUUGCCAGACUCCUGCAGCCAUCAGUGGUGUGGAUUGGAGAUGCAGAGAAAAUGUUCUACAAGAAAGUGCCAAAAGAAGAUAAAGAGUUAGAUCCAAAACGCUUAAAGAAAGACUUGCCCAAGAUCCUCAAAUCGCUCAAAGGAGAAGAUCGUGUUCUAGUUGUGGGAACAACUCAAGACCCAUUCAAUGUUGACCUUAAAUCACUAUGCAAGGUUUACAACAAAAUCAUCCUCAUUCCACGACCAGACUACGCCUCACGAUAUAUCAUGUGGAGGGAACUGAUCAAGAAGAAUGGAGGAGAGGUAACAGCUGCCCUGGACCUGAGCUCUCUGGCAAAGAUCUCUGACGGCUACACCCAGGGUCACAUGGUGAAGGUGGUGAAGAGUAUUCUGACUGAGCGCCGUGUCCAACAGCUGCCGAAACGACCCCUGAGUGCUGCUGAGUUUGUGGCCCCGCUGGCCAAGAUCGACCCUGUGUUUCAGGACGAGGAAGAAGCCUUGAAGAAUUGGUAUGCCAAAACUCCCCUGGGCAAGAAACGGGCCAAAGCUGCCUCUGGUAUUGAGGCAGAUGAAGAACCCCCGACCAAAGGAGGAAAAAAUGCCUUGAAGAAGGGGAAGUAGUGAGACCUUAACGUUGACCAAUUACAUGUAUGCACUAGUUUCCUUGUAUUGUAAA